AUGGACCUACCUCCGCUUUCGACGGAACGAAUCUCCACAAUACUCUCAUCUGCUCCCUCUCACUCCGAGCUCUAUGACAUUCUAUCCCAAUAUGAAGGCGAAGCUUUGCUACUCUCGUCGAAGAAGGGCGAGAAACCUCUCUUUCUCAGCCUAUUCUACUCGACCUUCUUUUUUUCCCACCUUUUAACAGAUCAACUAUACGAAGCCCGUGCAUUGACACAGCGAGUGCCACAGAGUGUUUCCCAAAAUGAUCCUUCCCUACAGAACUGCUCGGUUGUACUACGGGCCGUAUGGCAGAGGAACUAUGAGCAGGUCUACAAAGCGUUGAGGGAGCUACCGUGGUCAGAGCAACUGAAGCCCAUCGUAUCGAAAUAUGACGCCCAUUUCCAAGAAAAGACCUUCAAGGAAGUAAGCCGGGCUUACGAGGCGAUCAGACCCGCAGCGGCGGCCAGUUACCUUGGCCUUGAUCCGGACUUGGCAGAGCAGGGUGAUCCAGCCAUCAUCCAAAAGUUUACAGCCCGUGAGUGGAAGUGGGAUAAAGAGACAAAGCUUCUUCAUCCGAAACCUAUCCCGGUGGUCCCAGAAACAACGGGAGAUCCCUCCCAAGGGUUGGACCAGAUCAUGGCCUUGAUAAGCAAGUAUGGAGGUUAA